CCAGCCACUCCCAGAGCCAGUCCCGCCCAUUCUCCUCCAGAAAACGGUCUGGACAAAUCACGGGCCCUAAAGAAGGACGCCAACAGCCCCGCCUCCGUGGCCUCCUCCGGCAGCACGCCCUCCUCCAAAGCCAAGGACCACGCCCAUAAUGAUAAGUCAUCCACGCCGGGCCUGAAGUCUAACACCCCCACACCUCGUAACGAUGCCCCCACACCAGGCACCAGCACCACCCCUGGUCUACGGCCCAUCAUGGGCAAGCCCUCGGGCAUGGAGGCACUGGCUGCUCCAGCCCUGCGUACCCCUUUGUCCAUAGCUGGCUCCUACGCCACGCCCUUCGCCAUGAUGGGCCACCACGAGAUGAACGGCUCCCUGACCAGCCCCGGGGUCUACGCCGGCCUCCACAUCUCCCCCCAGAUGAGCGUGGCCGCUGCUGCGUACGGACGUUCGCCCAUGGCGGGGUUUGACCCUCACUCCCACAUGAGACCAGGUCUGCAAGCCAGUCUCACAUCCAUCUCUGGAGGGAAACCUGCCUACUCCUUUCAUGUGAGCGCCGAUGGCCAGAUGCAGCCGGUGCCCUUUCCCCCGGACGCUCUCAUAGGCCCGGGCAUCCCACGCCACGCUCGCCAGAUCAACACGCUGAGCCACGGCGAGGUGGUGUGCGCCGUCACCAUCAGCAACCCCACGCGCCACGUCUACACCGGUGGCAAGGGCUGCGUUAAGAUCUGGGACAUCAGCCAGCCGGGCAGCAAGAGUCCCGUGUCCCAACUGGACUGCCUGAACAGGGACAACUACAUCCGCUCCUGUAAGCUCCUCCCUGAUGGCCGCACCCUGAUUGUGGGCGGUGAGGCCAGCACGCUGACCAUCUGGGACCUGGCCUCUCCGACGCCACGUAUCAAGGCGGAGCUCACCUCCUCGGCCCCCGCCUGCUACGCACUGGCCAUCUCCCCCGACGCCAAAGUCUGCUUCUCCUGCUGCAGUGAUGGGAACAUCGCCGUCUGGGACCUGCACAACCAGACCCUGGUCAGGCAGUUCCAGGGCCACACGGACGGCGCCAGCUGUAUCGACAUCUCCCACGAUGGGACAAAGCUGUGGACCGGAGGUCUGGACAACACCGUCCGCUCAUGGGACCUGAGGGAGGGUCGCCAGCUCCAGCAGCAUGACUUCACCUCCCAGAUCUUCUCUCUAGGCUACUGCCCCACAGGGGAGUGGCUGGCAGUGGGCAUGGAGAGCAGCAACGUGGAGGUUCUCCAUCACACCAAGCCGGACAAGUACCAGCUCCACCUGCAUGAGAGCUGCGUCCUCUCGCUGAAGUUCGCCUACUGUGGUAAAUGGUUUGUGAGCACGGGGAAGGACAACCUCUUGAAUGCCUGGAGGACUCCGUACGGUGCCAGCAUAUUCCAGUCAAAGGAGUCCUCUUCCGUCCUGAGCUGCGACAUCUCUGCAGACGACAAGUACAUCGUGACGGGCUCUGGAGACAAGAAGGCCACAGUGUACGAGGUGAUCUACUAGGAACACCAGUUUGACCCCUCCUCCUAGUGGCCUGACGAGGGGAGCUGCUAGCCCCUCCUCCUCCUCUUACUUCACUCACCACACCCCCUAACCUCAAAGACCACCAGGGAUUGGACUACAGACCAUGUCGGCUCCCGGAUUGGUGCUCAGAAGGCACCAUGAACUCUGCUUGGCAGUUGGCCUGGCUAUGAUUGGCUAUCGGGUGCAGACUGUAACCCAAUGGGCACUGAAGAUGUAAAUUGUCUUGCUGUUGUUUGAUCUGUUCCUGGGCCUGUUUUUGGAGGGUUUAUUUUUGAAGGUGAUGAAUGUUUCUGUAAUAUGACUGGACGAAGCGGUGCUUUGUCUUUACAACAGUUGCUCCCUGGACGUCUUGUGAAAAUUGUACAUAAUGGAGUAAUAAAGACAUUUUAUAUAUAUAUUAUAAAUAUAUAUAUCUAUUUUCAUGUCCUGGUGUACUUGUGAUGUUUUUGCUUUCGGCCUCUCCCUUCUGCUUGAUAUUCAAGGGAGAACAGAAAGUAGAAUAAGCAUUUUUUUGAAUUUUUUUUUUGAGGGUGUUGAAGCACGUUCUCCAGGCUGACCUUUUUCCAAAUCAAAUGGAAAUGUCUCUCCAAAAACUAAAUGGUCAACCAGAACACGUUUGUGGAGAUUCAAAUGUGAGUUUUGGGAUGUUGCCCUUUUUUUUGGGGAGCUACAAAAAUGUCUGGGAAGUGGAGCCUGCCGGCUCAGGCAGAGCCACGGAACUCUGUGGAAUACCACAGGACCCCCGCUUGGACCGGCCUAUCAGAGGAGACUGGGGGGUCGGCGAGAGGAGGAGAACAAUGUAAAUUAAAACCAUAUUAAAGAAACUAACUACUACUUUCUCUGUGCCCUUUUAUGACCCGUCUCUUUUACGUCUUGGAUGGUGUUUUGGGUCGUCUGGUUGAUGUUGAACGAUGGACUUAAAUUCUACUGGAUUAUUACUAGUACGGGCUGACAGACUGGGCUUAUCGGUGGCUUCCCCAGUUCAUAUGGCUGGCCCGACACAAUCUGAACUAGUACGGGCUGACGGACUGGGCUUUUCGGCGGCUUCCCCAGUUCAUAUGGCUGGCCGGACACAAUCUGAACUAGUACGGGCUGACGGACUGGGCUUAUCGGUGGCUUCCCCAGUUCAUAUGGCUGGCCCGACACAAUCUGAACUAGUACGGGCUGACUGACUGGGCUUUUCGGCGGCUUCCCCAGUUCAUAUGGCUGGCCGGACACAAUCUGAACUAGUACGGGCUGACGGACUGGGCUUAUCGGCGGCUUCCCCAGUUCAUAUGGCUGGCUGGACACAAUCUGAACAUUGAGUCUGGACCUAAAUCUGAUGUAGAACAACCCACAGGGUCAUCUAGACGGGGGGGUUAAGGAGAACAUGCUUCUAUGGAAUCCAUUGAUUUGAUCCUCUAUCCUCAUUUAUCAGUACAUCAUCAUAACCGGACUUGGAUUCCAGUCGAUAUACAGUGCCUGUUAAGUGCUAGGGUUGGCUAUUAGGAUCUUUCAAAAUGUACAACAGAAGUAAGCAUUGUGACCAGCAUCUACAUAAUGUUCAGUACCGAGUAGGAUGAAGGUGCCUCUGUACGCGGAUCUGUUUGGUGCCCAAAUGGUACUGAGGGUAAGAUGCUCUGUGUCUAAGGGGAAUAUCUUCCUCCACCGUUCAGCUGUUGGGGGGAACACUCAAAUUGUUCACUGCGCCCCAAUACCCGCCUUUCCUUCAGUCAUAACGAGGGGUGAAGUGUGAGCGUCUCCAAUUCACAACCAAAGUAUGUAGCAAAACUGUGUCAGCACUGAACAUAAUGUACAGUUGAUGAUCAUUCAAUAAACUGUUGUUUUUUUGUAGAAA